AAACUGUGUGAGGGAAUUCUAAACAUCCUUGAAAAGGACACAAAAACUUCAUGUCAAGUUGCGUGCCUGGAGACCCUCCGGAUUCUCUCCAGGGACAAGAAGGUUUUAGUGCCUGUAACCACAAAGAGGAACAUGCAGAUCCUUAUGAAGCUAGCAAAGCUGGACACUGUGGAAGAUCCUUUGGAGAGAGUGUCUGAAUUUCCUGUUAUAGUAGAAGCUUUAAAAUGCCUCUGUAACAUAAUUUUUAAUAGUGCUGUUGCACAGAAGCUCAGUUUGGAACUGAAUCUUGCAGCUAUGCUCUGCAAUCUCCUGGAAAAAUGCAAGGACCAACAGUUCGUUGGUGACAUUAAAUGCUUUGAUUUGCGUCUCCUCUUCCUCUUGUCACUUCUACACACAGAUAUUAGAUCACAGUUGCGUCAGGAACUACAAGGGGUGCAAGUUUUGACUCAGGCUUUGGAAAGUUCCCUGAGUGUAAGAUGGACGGAAGAAUAUAAAACAGUGGAAGACAAUGACAGGCCUCCUCUGUCUUUGCAAGAGACAGAUUGUGCCAUUGAGGCACUAAAGGCUCUUUUUAAUGUAACACUUGACAGUUGGAAUGUCCACAGCGAGAAUGAAUCUCAUCAAUUUCGUUACAUGGCUGCCAUCCUUCGACACUGCUUAUUAACCACGGGUCCUACUGAAGACAAAACUGAAGAGUUGCACAGCAAUACAAUCAACCUCUUAAGCAAUGUUCCCGUCUCUUGUUUGGAUGUUCUUAUUAGUCCAUCAUCUCAAGAGGAAACAGAUAUAAAAUACAAUGGUAUGAAUAUGGGAGCAAUUCAAGUUUUACUGGAUUUCAUGGAGAAGAGAAUAGACAAGGGAAGCAGCUAUAAAGAAGGUCUGACUCCAGUUCUCAGUUUAUUAACUGGAUGCUGCCGAACUCAUAGGAAUAUCAGGAAGUUUAUCAAAGCUCAGGUGUUGCCUCCACUCAGAGAUGUAUCAAAUCGUCCAGAAGUUGGCACAACAGUGAGAAACAAGCUUGUGCGCCUCAUGACACAUGUUGACCUUGGAGUAAAGCAAAUUGCAGCAGAAUUUCUUUUUGUUCUUUGUAAAGAGAGAGUUGACAGCUUGUUAAAAUAUACAGGCUAUGGCAAUGCCGCAGGAUUGUUGGCAGCAAGGGGCCUGUUAGCAGGAGGAAGAGGAGAUCAUUGGUACUCAGACGAUGAAGAUACAGAUACAGAAGAAUACAAAUCUGCGAAGCCAAACAUUAACCUUAUCACUGGUCACUUAGAAGAACCAAUGCCCAAUCCGAUGGAUGAAAUGACAGAAGAACAAAAAGAAUAUGAAGCUAUGAAGCUUGUCAACAUGUUUGAUAAACUUUCCAGAGAUGAGCUUAUAAAACCAAUGGGAGUACGGCCGGAUGGUACAAUGGCUCCUUUGGAAGAAGCAGUCAGCCAGUACCAUACCAACAAGCAAGACAGUUCAGAUUCAGACUAAAGCAUCACCUGCUUCACUCUCAAUUCUCCUCUAAUCCACACUGUUCCUUAGAGCCACAACAUCUUUUAUCUAGGCAUUUUAUCCUCACAUUAGCCAGCAUCACUUUAACUGUUCUAUUAUUGGCAUAUUUAAAUGAUGGGUCCUGUGGUGUAAUGUCUGAGUUUUUAUUAUGUCCAAUUAAAGAGCAUAUCAAUUUAUUAG